ACAGUAUCGACGUUUCGGUGCGUAUAAUGGAACCACUGAGUUGUGUGAACGUGAACAAGACGUCUGCAAUAUGUCUGACAAUUUGGAAAUAUUAUUAGAUUUAGCAUAAUCGUAAAUAAUUAACACAACUGUUUAAAGCUAUAUGUGAGAUGGACCACACGUAAUGUAAGAUAUAUAAGAUCGAUAGGAAGAACGUUUGUGCGGAAGAUAUGUGUUGUCUCGGGUCGUCCGAGAGCUUAACGUGUUAACGGAGGAUAUGUGCGUCACGGACAUUGUGCGGACAGUCUUCGCGGAGUGAUUGCGCGCGUCUCGUCGCCUGCCAUUGCUUUAACGGAGCGAGUUAGGUGCCCGUAGUUGAGCUAAUUGUGCUGUCCCAGUUCCGCGAGGUGGUGCUGCAGCCAUGGAUCACAUGCAGGUGCAGUGCCCUGUGUGCACGCUGUACCUCCGCAAUGGAAUGACGCUGGAGUCCCAUCUGGACACCCACCCCAAGGACCAGGUGAUCAAGGCUUUGUGCUGUCUCACUACAAAGGGAAACAGCUUUGGAAGCAGAACACCUACUCCAUUGAAUUCGGACCGCUCUUAUAGAAGUCGGUCCCGCACACCUGCGGGUGAUGACAGAUGGAAUGGUGUACAUCAAAGUGGUGAACAUGAUAAGUAUUGGCGUAGACCACCUAGCAGAACUCCGAAAUCUACUCCAGUUACUAGUGUGUCAGGUAGUGGUACUCCAGAGAUCAGAAUGGCAGAUAUGCAGUUUGAAGGUAGUUCUUUAAUCUCAGGGCAGAAUUCCCUGCCUUCAUACACUAUGAAAAGUGAUAAAACACAACAAACAUAUCAAAGUACUCCAAUGUCAGAUUUCGACCCAUCAUACAGUUUCUACCAGGACCAACCGGAAGACAGAGAGAUCAAGUACUCCCGCAGUGCAGAAUACACUGCAAUGGACAAUAGUAAUAUGUUCACAUACAAUAUGCCUACAAUGGCUGCAGGCGUAAGGUUCCAAGCAAAUACCAGUUUGUUACCAACUGUAUCAAAGAAAACCCCUGAUUUUGUUAAAAUAUUACCAAAGCCAAGCAAUAUUGUGGUAAAGACAAAUGUGGGUGGUGUACAGUACAUAGCAUCUGGAGUGAAGCCAAUGCAUGUGAUGAUGCCUCCGACACCUGCCUUUGUACAGAAGAAUAUGCAAAACAACAUGAUAAUGCCAAGCAAUAACCACACAUCACUUAAUAUGGACAAAGCAAUACCUCCACAACUGAACCCUAACCCUUUCAACCAUCUGUCAACAGGAAACUUUCCUCCAGGAAUGUCUACAGUGAUGACACAAAACUCACAGAUAAUAUACAGAGAGAUGGUGCACAAUAUAGAUGGUAAACCAUUUAUUUCCAGUGUGCCUGCAGUUAUUACCACUGGCAGUGGUGCAACUCUGGCACAAGCUGGUCCCAUGUACCAAAAUGUUAUGGUGGUAGAUCAGUUUGGUUCAUGCAUGUAUACCACUCCACAGAAUCUCCUUAAUAAGUCUUGUACCACAUCAAUAUAUUCUGACAGUGCAACUCUAAUACCCACCAGUCAUGUUGCCAAGUCACCAACGCCUAGUGAUCCUAAGACAUUAGUAAUUGAAGUUGGUCCUAUAUUACCAUCACAAAGUGCUUCUCCAUGUGUAGCUCCUAGCACCUCAGUAUCCACCUCAGAAACAAUGAUAAAGACUGAUAAAGAUGUCAUCGAGAGGUCGGACUCCAAGGUUGAUACAUCCAGUUCAACUAAAGGUCUAAAGAUAUUAAGCAAUAUUAAAGUAGAAGUGCCUGUGCAACACAACAAAAACAUGGUGAACACCAUCAUGGACCUCACGGAGUCUAAUGAUCAGGAGUAUCCAGGGGGAGAGAUGGAUUGUUCAAUUUCAUCUGAAAAAGCCUUGCCAGACAUUAAUGGUAAACAAAGUUCAGAGAACUGCACACCACGGCCUUCCUGUUCUAGUAAUGAUAGUGCAAGUUCUCAUUCAUUUUCUGUGAUAAAAAAUAUUGGAAACCCACUUAAUUACAAGGGUCCAUCUGGCAAAACUUUAGAUAGCAAAUUAGACACUGAGUACAGUGACAGCUGCCCUGUACCUGAUCUUAUAUGCAAUGAGAAACCUUCAAUAUCACCUUGCAGUGAAUUAUCAGAGAAUGGAGAGAAUUCCACGGACCGUACCUCACUAUCUCCAAAACUAGGAAGAGAUAGGCAAACAAAACUGAAAGCAGAGACAGUGGAAAAUAAAAAUCAAGUAUCUGUUAAGCCCUAUAGGUUAAAUGCAUUAAGACUGAACAAUCUUUAUGUUAAAAAGAACAAGAAAGUUUUACAGAUAAAAAAUGCUAAACAAUUUGCAACAGGCAGUUCAAGCAAUAUGGAGAUAGAACCAAUGCCUUCCUCGAGCAGGUCACCAGAAGAUUAUUCAAUAAAGAAACAUGUCGAUAGUAGUGAGUUUAGGGAGCCUUCGACACUGCAGACAGUGUCUGUUGAGGAGAUAAAAGAGAAUGACGAGAAUUAUGAUACUAACGGGUUCGAUGCGGACACGGAACACUCGCUGGACAUGGAGCCGCCGCCGCCACUGCCGGCCGUCACUACCACGCCGGAGUUCUCCACUACGGUUGACAUGGUUCAUGUGAAGGAGGAAAUUAGCACAAGCAACGAAAGCGCAUUUUGCAAUUCCGCAACACCAGAUCGAGUUCUCACACCGAUGGAGACGCUACGGCCCGUCAACGUGAUUGCAUACGGCAAUAUUCCCGCCGACAAUUUCGACGAAGAAUCGAGCCAUAGAGAACUAAUGAAUAUUGAAGCGGCGUCUAAGAGCAAACAGUUCGUGAGUAUGAUGAACGAAAACUAUUUCGGCGAGAAUUUAUACGCGGACUACUUCGCGCAGGAUCGGGGGGAAGCAUACGAGAACCGACAACCGGCGGCGCCGAAGGAACCUCUGUAUGGUAUGUGGGGGGAAUCCUCGCAGAAGGACAAUGAGUUUGUGCUGCCGAGUUUCAUACACGAUACGUACAAGAUGCCUGAUAGUGGGGCCUGCGCGUAUUCAGAGAUUGGGGGCAGGGAGGGGAUCGCGGAUGGUGACGGGGAUGGAUGCGAGAGGGACAGCAAGGCGGACGUGUUGAGCGAGGGACGGAGCGAGGGCGAGACACCUCUGAACAUCUGUGCGGACGAGCGCAUGCCGCCGCGCGGAGAGCUCAGCGGACAAGAGAGCAACGGCGACAUGGAAUCGGCUUGGAAUGGGAUGUACCCUGAUGUGCCGCCUUCGGAACCCUACGACCUGAUGGCGCGCGAGAGCUGGGUCUCGGACGGCUCCGACGUCGACGUCGGAGAGAAAAGGGAGACAUUGGAGGAAGAGAUCCAAUACCCUAAGCCCCGCACGUACUCGUGCGCGCAGUGCAACGUGAAAUUCCCCACUCCUAAGGAGUUGCGCGCUCACCGUGCGCAGGCGCAUGCUGCCGCCGCCGCCAAGACUUCAUACAGUCGCAUGAUCACCGCACGUGCUAUCAAGAAAGAGGAGAAAACUGAUGACAACAUGAUGGGAUGCACAAUGAUAGAUUCGAAAGAAUCAAUAACCACAUCAAUACUGCAAGUGUACGAGAUGGAGGAGACGAAGACCAAGAUCGAGGGCAUCAUCAAGCAGGAGACCAAGCGGAGGCGGAAGGACUUCGUGUGUCCCACGUGCAAGGUGGACCAGCUGACGGACGCGGCCUUCCACGCCCAUCUCAAGAUACACCCGCUGGAGUGCCUCACGUGCGGCAAAUGUUUCUAUAGGCGGGCGAACCUGGCGCUCCAUAUAAAAACACAUUUAGGUAUUAAAAAUUACAAGUGCGACGUGUGCGAGAAGCGGUUUAUAACGCGGCAGAAGCUCUCGGAGCAUCACAACGUGCACACCGGCCGCGCGCCCGUCAAGUGCACCGUCUGCGACGACACCUUCCGCAGAUACUCCAACAUGGUGCAGCACAGGGACCGGCAUCACUUCGGCAAGCGCGCGCGCGUGCGCGACUUCGUGUGCCAGUGCGGCGCCGUGUUCCACUCGCGCGCCAAGCUGCUGUGGCACCAGGAGACGCACGAGGAGCGGCCCAAGGCCUGCCUGUACUGCAGCGACAAGUUCGUGCACGCCGCCUCGCUCACGCGCCACGUGCGCCGCGCCCACAACGAGUACUACCUCGCGCCGCGCACGCGCCCGCCCGCGCCCGACAACGUGCCCUGUCCCGUCUGCAAGCAGAUAUAUCUGCGAACGAACCUGCGCUCCCAUCUUCAAACGCACAGCGGCAAGCGGCCGUACAUGUGCAUCGUGUGCAACAAGGGCUUCACUACCAAGUGGAACCUAAAGCUGCACCGCUGGACGCACAUGAGCCGCUCCUCUAAGCCGUUCAAGUGCCACCUGUGCAAGGGCGCGUUCAUUCGUCAGACGGAGUACAUAUCGCACAUGAACGCGCACAAGUCCGUCAGGCCGUACACGUGCAACUACUGCGGCUGUCAGUUCAUCAGGAAGUACAACUGCCAAAGGCACGUGAGGGAGCACGAGAUGGCCAAGAAGUACGUGUGCAAGGUGCCCGAGUGUGGUAAGUCGUUCCACAGGAGUUACUACCUGUCGGAGCACAUGAAGGUGCACAGCGGCGCGCGGCCCUUCGCGUGCAACAUCUGCGGCAAGACGUCGAGCAACAAGUCCAACCACAACAAGCACGUGAAGAUACACCACGCGCGCGAGCCGGUCGCCACCGAGGCGUGAGGCGCGUCAAGUGUUGCGCGUCACGUGUUGCGCGUCACGUGUAGCUCGUCUCGUGUCGCGCGUCGGCACGUCCCGUUGCAUUCUUCUCUUUUGCGUUCGUUUACGUUACCGCACGCGGUGGGGCACGCUGUCCUGUUUGAAAAAGCGCGUUAGAAGGCGUUUGAUUGGUGCUCAUUGGUGUAGUUUACAAUUGAAUUUCAUUAACAUCAUUUUCAAAUAUUUUCUAGCUUAGUUCUUAGCCAAUGUUCUGUAAUACAAAGUGUAUAAAUAUACAACUUAUAAACCUAUGAAUAAUUCUAUUUACGACACUUUACUUAACAAACCUUCGCAAAUUUGAUAAACUUUCAUUCAAAAGAUAUGUUACUUUGUUUAUUUAGGUUGAGAUCUGUAAAGCUAGCUUAAGCUAAGUUCGAGAAUCAAAAAUGGAAUUAAUUGUAUUUUUUUAAUAUUUAAAAUGAAAUACUGGAAAUGUUGCUUUAUGAAUUGGAUUUAAGUUUUUUUUUACUGUUAGACUAAUGUAGGCGUUAGAGUAAAUGAGAACACGUGAGCGUGUCCCGCCGCGGCAUAUUUCGGUGUUUCUAUAAUAAUAUAGUAUUUUUAAAAAGCGCAACGGUGUCGACGCUGCGUCAAUUGUACAUUACUAGAUAAUUUGUAUUUUAUAAAAAAAAAAUAUGUAAAUAUCCAGGACCAAGAUUGUAAAUUGGAUUGGGUUUUAGGAAAAAAAAUGGUUUUACAUUUAAAAAUGACUCGUGACCCGGCUUAGACUUGGAAGUCGUCUGACAUCGACAGUCUUGUGUCAACGUGGACGUAAUAUAUAAAGUCUGCCUCAUUGCAUCGGCUUUAUUGAAUGAUACUCAAAAUCUCUGAGCAAUUUUGCUGUUGUAGACUGUCUUCGAAUGGAGUUUCGCUGGAGCUUCGUGCGUUAUAUGCCUAACCUAAUUGGUUUAAACUUGGGAGAUUUAUGAAAAAAUUAUAAUAUAAAUUUAUUCUUGACAUUUGUAAGAUUGAGAUUUUAAGAUUGAGUUUUUAAGAUCAUCGGAGUUUAUUUUUUUACUGUGGCGUCUACUCCCAAAAAAACAAAUAUCUGCUACGUAAUGUUUUUUAUAAUACCAUUAAAAAAACACAACUUUUUUAAUAUCUAUAUUUGAAUCCAUGUGUUCUCUUUGGGAUUAUAUAAAAUUAUUUCGGCCGAAUUUAAAACAGGUCACUGAGGGCCAUUAAUAAAGUCCCGUGUUAGAUUUUUUUUAUUAUAACUUCAUAGUUCCAGAGUCUGUUUAAAACUGUAAAUACUAGACUGCCAGCGUUUCAGAAUUAGAACUUGUAAAUGUUAAGGCUGAACGAAGAGUGUUGUGUAGACAUCCUUUGACUAUGGUUGUGCUUUGUCUAUGGUGACAUAAGUGUCGAUGGUCGGAGAGCUAAGCUCUAUGGCGCGGCGUCAUAAGGGUCGAAGUGUCGCACGACUGAUUUUAUUUGUCACAUAUAAAAGUAUAAUAGAGGUUUACUAUCGACUGCUUUUCAUAUCCUGUUUGCGAGCGACAGAUGGGGAAGUAGGAGAAGGUAGGGCUACCAUGGCUACCGUUGUUAGUCUCGUUUUACGGGAGGGGAAGAAGGGUGGGAAGGUGUUGUGUCCUGGAUCAGAUAUACACAGGUUGGUCCCGGAACGCGACACAUACGUGGGCCACUAUGGCGGGUUCCGGACAGAUAUGAAAUAUAUACUACCACCAAAUUUUGGUCGUUUUAAAAUGUUAUUGAAGUAGUAAACUGCUUCAGCAUUGUGUGGGUGAGAAUCAACCUAGUCUGGGGUUCCAUGCCCCCCACCCUAGGUACGCCCAUGAGUUCUACCGAAUUUGCUAGUAGCAAAAGCUGUAUACCUCACUCUUCCCCAUGCGUCCGUAAUGCUGCAUAUGACUAACAUUGUGCGUGUACAGUAAGUACCCUUUCAUUUGGUUGUACAUUUUGUCAUAUAAUUUUAAGGAAAUUGUGAAGUUCUCACUGCAAUAUUGUGUUUUAUACAGCCAAAAACAUCUUAUAGCAAUAAGGUUUAUUUCACCAAAUAAAACACGUCGUGUGACAUUAUUUCGGAUAUAGUUUAGUGAAAUAAUUAAAGGGCAUUUCUGUGUAGGUACCCCGCUGGCAUCACACGGUUUAUACUCGUUUCUCAAGAAGUGGUCGUAUACUCGCAUGUACGGACAGCAAAAUAUAUGUUGUGUGGUCAAACUAAAGUCCGUUUUUAUAAUUUAUUGUACAUGUUAGUUGUAGAGAUUUUGUUGUUACGACAUAUAUUGAAGUUAGGCAGACAUUUAUCGAGUAUUUCAUGCUUACAUUUUUUUUUUUAAAACACACCAAAAAUGUCCAAGAAUUCAACCUUGAGGUAAUCUUAUUGUAACAAUAGAGUCUGGAGACCGCAUAUCAUACCUCUGUAUAGGAAUUAUUAUAAUGGUGUCUUAUGUAUAGCUACUGUACGAAUUUGUUUUCCAUUCCACUAUCAGCCGUUUUCAAUCUUCAAUCCGGUUCUUAGAAUGAACCAAUCAAAACAGGUCAUGUGUAAGCAUGUCAAAAAAUCUCUUCUGAGUGGUAUAUUUUUGAGGUAGCUCGAAAAAACCGAUUGUGAUCGGCUUUUGAAGAUGGCUGUAAAUGUCUGCACCUUUGAACUGUGUCUUAGUGUGCUAUAAUCAAUUAUAAAAACGGCCAUUUGAUAAGUAAUUGUAAGAAUUUAGUCAGAGGUAGGUACUAUCUAACGGCCGAUUUCAAUCAACAAUACCAAUACCAAUCUUAAUAUUCCUACCGACCCCAAGAAUGAACCAAUCAAAGUAAACCAUUGGUAAACAAAGAAAAAAAAAUCUGAUCCGUUUUCGCGAUUGAUCGAGAAAAGGGAUCGAGAUCGUUUAUUGAAAUCGGCAGUAAAUCUACCUUCAAUAACUAAUCAAUAUUUCAAACUGUCCCAAACUUUGUGAUGUUCCGGGUAUUCGUACUCAUUGUAACAUUAUUUUAUAAUUUCUAUAUUUUAUUUGUAAAUAUUUAUUCUUUAGUUAGUUUUAAUUUUCUAUUUAUUGUUUGUACCUUAAUUUUUUGCACGCGACUAGCAAGUCUUUAGUUUUUAAAUGGUAUAUGAACGUACCGUUAUUUUUUAUUUUAAUGCGGUAAAGGAUACUUCAAUAUUUGAUAAUUUGCCUUUAAUUGCGAGAACGGGUAGCAAAAAAAGGAAAAAAAACAGCAAUAUCUAAAACUGAGAUUAAUGUUGCGAAUGUGUUUUGGCAAGCAAUUUGAGGCACAUUUUUUAUUAAAAAUUUUGCGAGUUUUGACAUAUCAGUUUAAUUUUAAAAUGAAACGUGAUUAAGUGCAAUGACACGUGUUUUUUGGUUAAAUUUAUUAGAAAUUUGUUGUUUUUCUCUCUUUAUCUUUUAUGGUUUGAUGUCACGUACAAUAUGAUUUAAUUUUUUGUUUGUAUUAUUUUAUUAAAUUACGAAGGGGUAAUAGUAUUGAAAACGUUCAUUCCAUGUCGAAAAAAAGUAACUAAUAUUGUAAAAAAAUUAAAACUUAUCAAACACAUUUGCAAAUAUGUUGAUAAUUUAGCUAUCGACAUAAAAAUUCUACGUAAAUAUUUAUCGUCACGCUUUAACAGUCAUGUUUUGAUGCUUUUUGUUUUUGAAAAAUGUCGUUAAAUCAUUCGGCUGUGUUCAAAAAUAUUGAUUAUAUUUGUAGUGUCCAUGUCGAAUAUCGAGAGCCAUAGUAUCUAUAAUUAUUCGGUAUCGAAUUACCGUUCGGACUCUGCAUGUAUUUAUAGUGACAUCAAACCGUUUUGCAUAUUAUUUUUUAUUAUAUACUUGGAUAUAAAUGUGGAUAUAUGCCUAUGUGUUUUCCUUAAAAAAACUAAGUAGAGUUUAAUACCAUACUAUUUCGGUUAUUAGACCACUUGGAACACUUGUAUCGAAUCGUUUCCAUAAUUACUAGAUUUUGAUUCGGUAUUUAAAUCAGUGUUUUGUCUCUUUCAGUUUCAAAUCGUGUAAGAAAGUUGAAAAUAAUAAGAAAAAGAUAAAAUACUGAUAAAAAUAUUUAUAAGGAAGAGAGUGCUUCUUAAGUGAGUAAAAUGGACACUUUUUAAUGUACCGAUUGAAUAUAAUAGGCAUAUUGAAACAAGAAUGAAGAUUAUUUUUAUGCAUGUUUAUCCACUAACUUUUAUGAUAAAAUUGCAACAAAACCUAAUAAAAAGUGGGUAGACAUAAAAAAUACUGUUAAAAAUCCGCCAAACGUUUAGUUGUUGCCAUCUGCCAUAAUGUUGGUUAUUUUGUAUUUUCCGUCUUUAUACAUUAUAUGUAUUAUUUGUUGACAAACAAAAACUAACACACCAGCUGUGUUCAUGGAGAAAUUUAUGUAUAUUUUACAAAUAGAAACAAUGAUCUCGUAUUUUAAUAACAAUGAGUAAUUUUUUGUUUUAAUAUUUAAACUGCGUGUAAAGCAAGUCCAUAUAUUUUAUGAAGCAUAAUUAUAAUAUCGAAAAAUCGAUUUAAUACAAUCGAUAUUUUGUUGAACUUAAUCGAUUUGAUUUAAUGUGUAUGCGACAGCUUUACACGCAUGCCUAGCUAUAAUAUCUCCAUACUCGGUUAAUAGUUGAAAUUGGUUAUUUAUUUUUAACACAAUAAGUUGUAGUUUUGUGUAAAUAAUAUAGGUAUGUGUUUUAUUGUAAAGACACAUCGGUACACGAACAGUUCGGCGGGGUUACGGACUGAUGGGUUUCUGUCUGCAAUAAAUUAUAAUAAGUAUUUCA